AAUCAUUUUUCACUGUAAAUCUGAAGCUGGGAAAGGCUCGUUGUUGAGGUCAGAGGAGGAGGGAGUGAGAGAUUUUGUGAUUUGAGAGAAGCCAGAUGGAUAGGGAGUGGGGCUCGAAGCCCGGAAGUGGUGGCGCUGCCUCUGCUCAGAAUGAAGCCAUUGAUCGCCGAGAACGGCUCAGAAGACUCGCCCUUGAAACCAUCGAUCUCGCUAAAGAUCCCUACUUCAUGCGCAACCACCUUGGAAGCUAUGAAUGUAAGCUUUGUUUGACACUGCACAACAACGAAGGGAAUUACUUGGCACAUACUCAAGGGAAGCGUCAUCAGACAAAUUUGGCUAAGAGAGCAGCUCGUGAGGCCAAGGAGGCCCCCCUUUUGCCUCAGCCCAACAAGAGAAAGAUUUCUGCUCCUAAGAAGAAUGUCAAAAUUGGUAGACCUGGUUACCGUGUUACAAAGCAGUUUGAUCCAGAUACUAAACAAAGGUCACUUCUUUUCCAGAUUGAAUAUCCUGAGAUCGAAGAUAAUACAAAGCCAAGGCACCGGUUCAUGUCAUCUUAUGAGCAGAGGAUACAACCAUUUGAUAAAAGCUACCAAUAUCUUCUAUUUGGAGCUGAUCCAUAUGAGAUAAUCUCUUUCAAGGUUCCUAGCACUGAGAUUGACAAAUCCACUCCAAAAUUCUUCUCGCAUUGGGAUCCCGACUCCAAAAUGUUCACAUUGCAGUUGUACUUCAAAGCUAAGCUACCAGAGGCAAACAAGGGCCAACAAGUGGCAGCUGCUGCUAAUAACGGUUCUGCAAUUUCUGGUGGGCCGCCUCCACUCCAAGCUCCACCACCACCUCCACCGCCACCACAAGGUGGUCCUCCGAUGAUGGGUCACCCUCCUAGAGGACCACCACCUCCAAUGGGUGGAGGAUUAGUUCCACCACCACCACCUCCUAUGGGGAAUGGGCCUCCUAGACCAAUGCCUCCCCCUAGUGGAAAUCUACCACCACCACCCAUGGGAGGCGGAGCUAUGUCAAAUUUCACUCCUCAAAUGGGAAGGCCUCCUAUGAUGCCCCCACAAGGUUUUUAACAAACAAAAAAAAUUGGGUUUUUGUUUUCAUUUUUAAUGGCUGGAUUAGACAUUGCUGUUGAACUGCUGAGAGUUACUCUGUGAAAUUAGAAUGGGAUAUGUGGAAACUAUGACUAUUUGACAUGUUUGGAUUAUAUUGAUGAAAGAGUUAAAGA